UCGCCACAAACACACACAUUCUCUCUCACACACACACACACGCACACAACAGUCUUAUCUGUAGUUCGUAGUUCGUUUCACACGACAGUAGAUUUCAUUACAUCUCCUGACUGACACAUAACGUUUGGCGACGGAUAAACUGAGUGUUUUUUUCAUGCCAAUCUUGAUUCUCUCAGAUGGCGCUGUCUGGGUGUAUUUGUGUGGUGACCGGUGCGUCCAGAGGGAUUGGACGAGGUAUUGCUCUUCAGUUAUCUGAAGCUGGUGCCACUGUGUACAUCACCGGUCGACAGGAAAAGACUCUGAAGCAGACAGCGGCCGAGGUGACGGAGCGAGGAGGCCAGUGUCUGCCAGUAGUGUGUGAUUCAUCUAAAGAGGAUGACAUCAAGGAGCUGUUUGAACGUGUUCAGCGCGAGCAGAAUGGCAGACUUGACGUCUUGGUGAAUAAUGCGUAUGCUGGUGUACAGGUUAUUUUCGAAAACAUGGGAAAUAAAUUCUGGGAGGUGGAUCCCGGUAUUUGGGACACCAUCAACAAUACGGGUCUCAGGGGUCACUAUUUCUGCUCGGUGUACGCCGCCAGGAUGAUGGUGGCUCAAGGCAGCGGUUUGAUCGUGUUCAUAUCAUCCAUGGGUGGUCUGCGCUAUCUCUUUAACGUAGCCUACGGGGUCGGCAAGGCCGCUUGUGACAGAAUGGCAGCAGAUACAGCAAUAGAGCUGAAAAAGAGAGGUGUGGCGUCUGUUAGCCUUUGGCCCGGAGCUGUUCAGACGGAGUUGGUUUCACAGUAUGUGUCUCAGGACGAUUCCUCUACAGGGAUGGAUCCCAAAUUCAAGGAGGUUUUCGCGAAUGGUGAGACCACAGAGCUCAGUGGAAGAUGCAUAGUUGAGCUCGCCAAAGAUAAGAAUCUCAUGUCAAUGACUGGGAAAGUGCUGAUGACCUGUGAUCUGGCUCGGCGCUAUGGAUUAAAGGACAUUGAUGGCCGCAGUGUGGUGGACUACACCUCUCUGAAGUUCAUGGUUUCUCAAAUACCCUAUAUGUCCUGGCUAUCCAUUAUCACACCUUCAUUCAUCAGAGUGCCUCGCUUCAUGUUGAAUCUUGCUAAUGGCAAAUUCUGACAUGCAUCAGUGCAGAUACAGGAUGAUGGUGCCGGCGGCCAAAAGAAGAUUUUUACACCAGAUUGGUUUAAGGAUGGAAAAAAAUGUCUUUAGGUAGUCAAAAUACAAUUAAAAAAUGACAUUCCGGGUUAUGUACUGGUUACCUUAUUAUGCACGUGAGCAUUUAAUUCCAAAUAAUUUUUAUUUUAUUUUAUUAAAGUGUAAUCCUCCUCGCUUUUUGCAGAGUUUUUUGCUUAAUUUCUUAAUAUUAAAAUAUUAUCACGCAUUACAUUUCAAUUAGAAACAAAAAUUGUUUGUGUACAUUUCUCAUGUUCGAGAUGUUUACUGUUGUUGAGAACACUUUUUAUGUACUACUUUAUCAAGUUUAACAAACCGAAAACGUAUUUUAAUUAGGGCUGUCAAAUGAUUAAUCGCAUCCAGAAUAAAAGUUUGUGUUUACAUAA